UUAGGAACGCGCAAACAGUUAAAGACGCGGCGGACCCCCCCAAGUGAGUGUUUGUGAGUUUACAUUUUUUUUUGUUGAUAAUUUUGUCAAAAUAACGGCAAUUUCAUUGAUGAAAAUGAGACACCGAAAAGCUGUGGAUUAACGUGAAUAAAUUAAGUGUUUAGAAAAAGUUUUAAAAAGGAAGAAAAAUGUUUUACGCACACUUUGUCCUGGCCAAAAAGGGCCCUUUGGCCCGAAUUUGGCUCGCUGCUCAUUGGGACAAAAAAUUGACCAAGGCUCACGUUUUUGAGACAAAUAUUGAGAAAUCUGUUGACGGAAUUCUUCAGCCAAAGGUAAAAAUGGCACUUCGAACAUCUGGUCAUUUGUUACUUGGUGUGGUGCGAAUUUAUUCGCGAAAAGCAAAAUAUUUAUUGGCCGAUUGUAAUGAAGCAUUUGUCAAAAUUAAAAUGGCAUUUAGACCAGGAAUGGUUGAUUUACCUGAAGAACAUCGUGAAGCUGCUGUCAAUGCAAUUACAUUACCGGAAGUUUUUCACGAUUUCGAUACUCCAAUGCCGGAAUUAAAGGACGUUGAUAUAGAGGCACAAUUCAGUUUAAAUCAAUCGAGAGCAGAGGAAAUAACAAUGAGAGAGGAUUAUGGAAGUCUUUCGUUAGGGACUCAUGAUCAAGGAUUUGGUGAUAUGAGUUUUGACGCGGAACCACCGGAAUUACUUCGUCACGCUGCAAGUAUGGAGCCAUCGCUUGAUCAGGGACACAUGUUAUUCAGCGAACCUGGAAUGGAACCAAGUUUAGAGCAAAAGGAGAAGGAACCAGUGGCUGGAACAUCGACAACAGCUCAACCAAUGGAUAUUGAUACACCAAUACGUGACGAUGGAUUUGGUGGUCAUCUUGGACAGGAUAUAAUUUCUGGUGGAUUAUUUGAAGGAGGUCUUUUUGAUGAAGCGCCAAUGGGAGAAGUACCUGUACCUGAAGUAAGUUCAAUAACCGAUCAACAGGAAGCUGUGUCUGCCGCAGCGGUGACUGCAGCAUCAAUUCACGACGAUUCUGAUGAUGAUGAUAUGGGCGAUCAUUUUGGUGGUGGUGCACCAUCGCCAAUGGGCGGAAUGAGCAGUGAUGGUUCAAGGGCAGCAACUCCAGCAAUUGGAAGCGAUGAUCUUGGUGGUAGAGCGAGUGUCGCUAGUCGUCGAUUUACUCCCGCACCUCCAUCGAUCGCUGAAGAUCACGCAAUGGAUUCCAUUGAAGAUAUUCCACCACCUGUACAAGAACAAACAACAUUACUUCAUGACGAGGAGGAAAGUUUUGCUCUCGCUCCUGUUGAUGCCUCUGCUCUCAAGGGUUUCACGAAAGCAAAACGUAAGCGUAAAUUAAUUGUCGACGAAGUGAAAAAUAUCUCCGGUGAGGAAAUGAAGGCACAAUUAUCUGAUACAAGUGAUAUUGUAACAACAUUGGACCUUGCACCGCCGACAAAGAGAUUAAUGCACUGGAAAGAAACUGGUGGCGUUGAAAAAUUAUUCGCUCUACCAGGAAGACCAAUACCUGCACGAGUAUUAUUCAAGAAUUAUCAACGACAUUUGACAAGUAAAUCGUACGAUCAUGAGGACUUUGGUAGAAUUGGAGGUGAGGAGGACGCAAUGCCUUUGGAACAAAUGAGAGAGGCUGGAGAACCGGAAGCACCAUUCGAGCAGAGUUUCUUGGGUAGACGAUCUGGUCGCAAGCGCAAGGCACCUGCUGACGAAGAGAUAAGACAAUCGGAAGACUUUGGACAAUUGUCGAUAGGAGGCGAUGCCGUGGAUCAGGCAAGUUUAAUUCCCCAAACGCCAAUGGCACCAACGCCAAUGCCAGCGGAAAUAUCAUUGCCCCAAGAGCCAUCGAUUCCCGAUAUAUCGGGAAUGAUGAGCUCUGUGGAGCAAUCGGAAAUUAUUGAACCAAUACCGGAAGUACCAGCUGCUUUAAGUAUGGAUAUUCCACAAAUACCGGCAAAUGACGUUAGUACGCUACUUGGUACAAAUGAUGAACCACCAAUUACACAACAAGACGAACAACAAUUACAAUCAUCGCAAACACCUAUUCAUCAUGGAUCAUCAAUGGAUCAUUUACCACAAAUACCAACAAUUCCUGAGCCAAUAACAAGUCAAUUGCAGGAACUUGAACAAUUACCCGAUAUGUCACAUUUACCACAAAUGGAGAAUAUGGGAUACGAUCAGACUCAGCCUCCAGUUUCUUAUAUAGGAUACGAUGAAAAUCAUCCUCCGGCGCACACACCUGGUGCUAUUUCCGAAAGAGGUGGUCCCGCAACACCUUGGAAUCAAGACGAUUAUGAAUUUCCACCUUCUGUUGGACCGCAAGAAGAACAGCAAGUGGACGAAACAUAUGAACAAUUUGAGGAACGAGUUCUCAAUAAGAGAGCAGCGCACAUGUAUCAUGUAAUAAAAAAUAAAUUGGACACCAAAGACAGAUUAACACUCGCUGAAAUGGCAUAUAAAAAUAAUCGAAAACAGGCUGCACAGAAAUUCUAUACACUUUUAGUCCUAAAGAAAUUUCAAGUGUUAGAAUUAUCACAAGAAUAUUCUUAUGCGGAUAUUGUUGUAACCAAAGGACCGAAAUUUGAGAAUCCAGCGCUUUAAAGAAGUAAAAAAAACAUAUACAAAUCUUUAUUUUUUAUCGAAAAAAAGAAAAAAAAACCAAACUAAUCGCGGAAAUAGAAAAAUGGAACUAUUACAUAUUUACUUAUUACUAUUAUUCUUAUUAUUGAAUCGUAAGCACUGGCGAGGAUUUAAUCACGUCACAACUAAAUAUUUUUGUAUUAUUUACAAAUUUUGAAGAAAAAAAAAUAACUUAGAGAUAUUUAUUUCUUUUGUUAAAUUAGAUUAAAAUCUAAUUUCAAAUUAAAUUUUUUGUGCAAAAAAAAAAAGAUUUGAGAGCACAAAAUGUUCUUUAAAAGUAAUACAAAAAUAUUAGUCGUCACUGGUUUGAUUUAUUAUUUCUUUUUAUACUAACGAAAAAGAAAAGAAAACAUAUGAAUCGAAAGAUUUUUUCUAUUUUUCAUUAUUUUAAGUGUGGAAUAAUUGAAAAAAAUUUUUUUUUACAAUUUACAAUUUUUUAUUUUGUGGAUGUGAUAAAAUUAAAAAAAAAAAAUGUUUUUGAAACUCAAAUAAUUCUAGUUUUAAAAAUAUAUUUUUUAAAUUAACUUCAUAAAAUAAUUAUUUUUGGAAAUUUAAAAAAUUUGAAAAUCAAUUAUUCCAAUUUCAAAAUAAUACGAAAACGGUAAAAUGUUUGUUUCAUAUGAAUCGUCGUUAGAGGAAAUGUUUUCUUUGAACUAAAUUAUUUUAAUAUGUUAUUAUUAUCAAUAGAUCUUGAAUAUUUAUUUCAUAGUUCCGGCGAGGAUCUCAUAUUGACGAUAUUUCAUCCGGAUUUCAUAUUUAAAAAAAAAAAAAUUACACGUAUCUCAAUAUUGAAAUUUUUGGCUUUCAAUCAAUGAAAAUUGAUGCUUUUUUUUUUGUAAAAAUUUCGUAAAUGAUUCUAGGAUCAAUUUUUAUGAAAAAAAAGAGAUGCGUCUAAUUUCUUUCACUUUGUACGGGAUUUACACAAAAAAAAAGAAAAAAAAAAUGAAUUCCUUUCGAAGAUGCCUUUGGAUUUAUACACAUAAUAUAAAUAUAUAUUUAGAAUUAACAAUAUUGAAUAUAUAUCACUUCUUUUAUUAUACGCGAUUUUUCUCUGUUAACUAUUUUUUUUAAUUUUAUUCUUCAUAGCGAAUUUUUUUCUAAUUCUAUAUAUAUAUAUAUGAGGAGAAUUUUCAAAUUUUCUUUGACUACAAGUUUAACUCCACAUCUUUUUAAUAUUUAUGUAUAUUUCGAUUUAGAUGAAAUUUAGUUAAAAUUCACGAGUUUAACUUGUAGUCUGUUAAUAAUGAAAAAAAAAACUGUAAAUUUUCCUUAUAGUUAAUAUUAUUUCUUCUAUUUUGCGGUGAUUAGUUUAUUAUAGUUUAAUAAAAGGGGGAAAAAAAUCAGAAAUAAAAAAAAAAACAAAUUUUUUACGAAUUGUUGGGAUUUUCUUUUUUAAUUUGUCAAAUGUGGAAAAAAAAUAAUUGUAGAAUUCAAAUAACUUGUGAAAAAAAAAAUAUAUUGUUAGAUGAUCGGAAGUGAUACGUAUUCUAGAUGAAAAAAAAAACUCUUUAGUGAUAGAUACACGAUUAAUAGUUUGUAUAAAAUAUUACGUUGCAUAGAGGCAUACUUUUAUUGGUAUUUGAGAACUAUAUGACUAUAUGCUUGAAGUUUCAUAUGUAUCUAAUAGUUUUGUUAUAGAAAAUAAUUUUUAAAAAAUCAUUAAUUGUAAUAUAUUAUGAAACAUAUCGAUAAAAUCACGAGGAAAAAAAAGACAUGUUGUUAAUUUUUUUCCAAAUCAUUUCCUUAAAAAAAAAAUUGCUAAUAGAAUUUUUUUUGUUUUAAAAAAAAGUAUUUAAAGAAAAUGAAGUAAUUAAUUUUUUGUUUUUAGAAUAGAAAGCUUUAUUUGCCGAUUAGAAAAAAAAAUCGAUUAUUACAUUUUUAUUCUCAAAGCAGGCAAAAAAGAAAUGAGUGCAAAAAUUGUUGUUUUUUUUCGAUGAGUAUAAAUUAUGUUAUGAAAGUGUCAAAUUGCUUUCUCGUAAUAAAAACAAAAUCACUUGAUUCUUAAAAAAUAGUUGCUUUUUUUCGGAAUAUAAAUGAACGGAUAAAAAAAAAAAUUUA